AUUCAAGGGAGAUAAUCUGGACAUUCACAUGUCAUUAUGGAGGGUAAAUCUCAAGGCAGUACAGACUUAUCCAGCGAUAUUGAUUCACAAAACAUAACAUGCUUCUAUUUUCCAACAUCCUUCUCAUCACAGAAAGUGCUGUUGGCUCUCUAUGAGAAGAAUGUCCAGUUCAAACCCAAGCUGGUCAGUUUGUUCCAUGGUCAGCACAUGGAGCCAUGGUAUGUCCGACUAAACCCUGAUGGUGUCCAUGUGCCUGUGUUGAAGGAUGGGACGAAGAUCAUCAACAACCCAGAAGAAAUCAUCGACUACAUCGACAUGAUGUCCGACACUGGUCCUACUCUGGUCCCUGACCUCAAGACCUCCCUGGGCCAGUCAGUGGCGUCGGUGCGGGAACAGCUGACAGGUAUUCCUGUGGAUGUCAUCACAUAUGGCAUCAUCUUCCACCCCCACCUGUCGGCAUCUGGCUGCCGGCUGCCCUUUGCAGUACAGAGGAGCAUGAGAGAAAACUUUGCCAAACGUCUCUGUUAUUUGUCACACAAAGCAACGAGACACCCAAGUUUACGUGAUGGUUACCUAGCUAAAAGUCAGACAGCAGCCCAGAAAUAUGAUGUCAUCACUGAUGAAGAGAAGGUGAAGGGACAACUUGAUCAACUGGACAAUAUUUUCACAGACAUUGAGAUAUUGCUGAGGAGAACAAAAGAAGGUUCAGAAGAUGAUGGUGAGCUAUGGCUGUUUGGAAAAAUGAUCACAGCAGCUGACAUAUCUCUGACUACUUUAUUUGCAAUAGACUAA